CUCAGCUGAGGGCGCAGGAUGAGAACUGUGCGGUAAACCUCACCCAGAGCUUGAGAAGCCAAGCAGCUUUCAGUAUCAUGGACGAAGGGCGACCUCAGGAUGAUCAUAGUCAUGACGGGGUAGCCAGCGACCUGGACGCCCAGAAUCAGCUGGAGGUCGUUUUCUAUCCCGAUUCUACACACCGUCGCAAGUCCUCUCUGGUUACGGCCGACGAUCCAAAGAGACCUCAGCUCGACCCGCCAGACAAAGCAACCGCGUGUUUCGUACACUCUCUCAUCGCCGGAGAAUGGGUGACACCCCCAUCCAAGCACGAUAGCGUUGAACAAGUGAAGGAGGAAAGCACCGACGAGCAACCCCUCAUCACCGACGCUCAUGGUGCCACAGACAGCGUGGUCUCCGUGGUGGACUUUGGAAACCAGCAGACCGAGAAACUCGCCCCGACGGUAGUUCAAUCGCGACACCUGACGAAACGCCAACUGUCCGACAUGGCGUGGAAUGUGCGCAAAUUGUCCAAGAAACUCGGCAGCAUCAAGCUCAAGCUUACCGUGCGGAAUGUCUUCCUGGUGACCAAGGCCCACGAUGAGUCCCUCGUCACCCUGACUAGAAAGGUCACGCAGUGGCUGCUAUCCCAGGACCGGGACGCGCCGUAUGUGGUCUACGUGGAGAAGCGGCUGGAGACGCAUCCAGAUUUCGCGGCGAAGCAGCUGCUCGAGGAGGAGCCGACCCGGGAAGGGCGGCUGAGGUAUUGGGAUACGAAGCUUGCGAUGGAGAAGCCGCAUCUGUUUGACUUUGUGAUUACGCUUGGAGGCGACGGGACGGUGCUCUACACGAGUUGGCUGUUCCAGCGGAUUGUGCCGCCGGUUCUGUCCUUUUCGCUGGGGUCUUUGGGGUUUCUGACCAAGUUUGACUUUAAUGAGUAUAACGAGAUACUGGACACGGCGUUUCGGGAUGGGGUGGUGGUGAGUUUGAGGCUGAGGUUUGAGUGCACGAUUAUGAGGAGCAAGCCGCGUUCGACGGACGAGUUGGCGACACGAACGGCCAAGAGGGAUCUUGUUGAGGAGCUGAUUGGGGAGGAGGUCGAAGGCACCUUGACGCAUACGCCUGACAAGGUAUUCCAGAUUCUGAACGAUGUUGUUCUUGACCGUGGACCGAAUCCAACCAUGUCUCAAAUCGAGCUGUUUGGCGAUGAUGAGCAUUUCACCACCGUUCUCGCUGACGGCAUCUGCAUUGCGACGCCUACUGGGUCGACUGCAUACAACCUAGCAGCCGGAGGGUCGCUAUCCCAUCCAGAGAACCCUGUUAUCCUGCUCACUGCGAUCUGCGCGCAUACCCUGUCAUUCCGACCGCUCAUACUCCCAGACACAAUGGUUCUACGAAUGGGUGUACCAUACGAUGCCCGAACCAGCUCAUGGGCAAGUUUCGAUGGACGAGAAAGGAUUGAAUUACACCCCGGCGACUAUGUAACCGUCUCAGCAUCGCGGUACCCAUUUGCCAAUGUCCUACCUCCAGGACGACGGGGCGAGGACUGGGUGCAUAGCAUCUCGAAGACAUUGCAUUGGAAUUCCCGACAAAAGCAAAAGAGUUUCAAGUAGCUGGAGUAAUGGAUGAAAUGACGGCCAAAUCUGUGAAUAAUAAUAUAUAGGCAAAUACGCA